AUGGCCACUCCAGAGUAUGACUACCUCUUCAAGCUCCUGUUGAUUGGAGACUCAGGUGUUGGCAAAUCUUGCCUCUUGCUCCGAUUUGCAGAUGACACCUACACGGAGAGCUACAUCAGCACCAUUGGUGUGGAUUUCAAGAUUCGCACCUUGGAGCAGGACGCCAAGACCAUCAAACUGCAGAUUUGGGAUACUGCCGGGCAAGAGCGAUUCCGCACCAUUACUAGCAGCUACUACCGCGGCGCACAUGGCAUCAUUGUUGUGUAUGAUGUGACGGACAAAGAGUCCUUCAACAAUGUGAAGCACUGGGUCCAGGAAAUCGACAAGUAUGCCGCCGAUGGAGUGAACAAGCUUUUGGUGGGAAACAAGUGCGAUUUGUCUUCCAAGAAGGUGGUAUCCUAUGAUGAGGCGAAGGAGUUGGCAGAUUCCUUUGGCAUCCAGUUCAUGGAGACCAGCGCCAAGAAUGCCCACAAUGUGGAGCAGGCCUUCCAGACCAUGGCUCGCGAAAUCAAGCAGCGUGUCGCCGCACAGCCUCAGGCCAAGAGCGGAGCAGGCAGCACCACCUUGGGUGCAGGGCGACCGGUGGGUCAAGGUGCUGGCGGCUGCUGCAAGUGA